GGUUUUGGUUGCUCCUGCAACAAUUCGAUGGAUGAGCGCUGCUGCCGCUUCUGCCUGGAAAGUGAUGGCUUGAUUCCCGGCCAGGUCUGCGCGUGCCGGGGCUCCUUCGGCCAGGCGCACGCCCAGUGCCUGGUGAGCCUCGCGCAGUGCCGCUGGCCAAGGCUGGAGGCCUGGCGCACCUGCCAGAUCUGCGGCCAGGACUAUGUGGGCGUGGCCCGGCUGGCGCUGGCGGAGGCCCUGGCGGCGCGGCUCCGGUGGCGGCGGCGGACCGCCUGGCGGCGCUGGGCCACGCAGAAUUUGGUCUGCGCCCUGCACGAGGCGAAGGAGUCGUCCUGCACGUAGCGGUGCGGAGGUGGGCCGCUACGAGGAGGCGGCCCAGCGGGCGCGGCGCGCCUUGCGGCGCUCCGAGGGAAAGAACUCCUCCCUGCGGAUCGCCACGGUGCUGGCGAGCUCCCUGCGGGAGAUGGGCAGGUACGAGGAGGCGGUGGCGUUGCAGCGGAAGACGCUGGCGCGGCAGUGGCGGGCCCUCGGCAAGGAGCACCCGGACGCCAUCAUCUCUGCCAAUAACUUGGCGAGCACCUUGAGCUUGUUGGGCAAGCGCGAGGAGGCAACGACGAUGGCUCGCCAGACGCUGACGGUCAUGAAGCGAUUCGCGGGAGAGGAGCACCCGGAUGCCUUGAUUGCGGCCAGCAAUCUGGCGGCGCUGUUGCAGGAAGAUGGCAAGUACCAGGAGUCUGCCGAGGUGGCAGCCGGGGCGCUGGCGGUGCAGCGGCAGCUGCUGGGCCCGGAGCAUCCGGACGUGCUGUGCACGGUGAACAACCUGGCGGCGGCGCUGCAUAUGCAGGGCAAGCAGGUGGAGGCCAUCCACUUUCAGCAGGAGACCCUGGCGAUCCGGCGGCGCACCUUGGGCCUGGCCAACGUGGAGACCUUGGUGGCCGCCCACAACCUGGCGAGCAUGCUGCAUCAGCAAGGCCGCUAUCAAGAGGCAGCUUCGCUGCAGCGGCAGACGCUGGAGGUUCUGGAGGACACCAUGGGCCCCAGGCACCCCGACACCUUGACCCUGAAGAGCGCCCUGGCCUCCACGUUGGAGCAGCAGGGCUUCAUCGAGGAGGCAGAGAGGCUGGGCCGAGAGGCGUACCAGGAGGAGGCGGAGG